GCCGACGCGCGACGGCUCGGCGUGGCGCUGGCGCAGCGCCGCCAGCUCGGCCUCGAGUGCGCGGUUCUGCGUCUCCAGCUGGUGCACCUUCUCGAUGAACACGGCGAAGCGGUCGUUGAGGCCCUGCAGCUGCUCCUUCUCGUUAGUGCGGAUGAUCUUGUACUCGUUGGUGCGCGCCGCCGCCUGGCUCAGGUCUAGUCCGUCGGACGCGGGCAGCCGGCGGUAGGCCAGGCCCAGGCCGAGAGACGAGGCCGAGGAGCAGGCGGCCGUGGAGGCCACAUUGCUGCGGGAUAGCGACUGGGAGCGGAAGCUUCCCGAGCCUCCGGGCCCGGAGAGGCGCGUGGACAGGCGCGAGCCGUCCCCGAACACCUUGCGGUAGGAGGAGGAGGAGCACAAGUAGUGCUCUGAUCCGAAGCUCAUGGUGCCGGGGUCGGGGCCGGGCGCACGGCUGCGGCGAGACCUAGCGAGGACGCGAAGAAUUCAUCAUUCAAAUAAAAUGACAACCUCCUGGAGUGAUCGAUUACAGAAUGCAGCAGAUGUGCCUGCUAACAUGGAUAAACAUGCCUUGAAAAAGUAUCGGCGAGAAGCCUAUCACCGGGUGUUUGUGAACCGAAGUUUAGCCAUGGAAAAAAUAAAGUGUUUUGGUUUUGAUAUGGAUUAUACCCUUGCUGGAGAGCCAGUGUAACUCCUUCAAGACUGGAGUGGCACAUACUACCUGCGUCUGCCUCAUUGUACAAAUCUCCGGAGUACGAAUCCCUUGGCUUUGAGCUUACUGUGGAGAGACUAGUUUCCAUUGGCUAUCCUCAGGAGCUGCUCAGUUUUGCAUAUGAUUCUACAUUCCCUACCAGAGGACUUGUCUUUGACACACUCUAUGGAAAUCUUUUGAAAGUUGAUGCCUAUGGAAACCUCUUGGUUUGUGCACAUGGAUUUAACUUCAUAAGAGGACCAGAAACUAGAGAGCAGUAUCCAAAUAAAUUUAUCCAACGAGAUGACACCGAACGGUUUUACAUUCUGAACACACUGUUCAAUCUUCCAGAGACCUACCUGUUGGCCUGCCUAGUAGAUUUUUUUACUAAUUGUCCAAGAUAUACCAGUGAAUUUAGUGCUAGUGAGAGAUGCUACAUUGCCAGCCUGAGAGAUGGACAGCAGCAGCAGCUCCAUGCAGGCUCUCACCUCCCACACGGCCCCUCUUCUUGCCAGUGUGCUGCAGCCAUGUUUGGAAGGGACCACUUCUGAUUGGCUUCUCCUGGGAGUGAAGACGGCCAGCAGAGGUGCUAAUUGUGACAACUGAGUGGGAGUUGUGACACAGGAUUUAAAGAUGGGGACCUCUUUAUGUCCUACCGGAGCAUGUUCCAAGAUGUGAGGGAUGCAGUUGACUGGGUCCAUUACAAGGGCUCCCUUAAGGAAAAGACAGUUGAGAAUCUUGAGAAGUAUGUAGUCAAAGAUGGGAAAUUGCCAUUGCUUCUGAGCCGGAUGAAGGAAGUAGGGAAAGUGUUUCUUGCCACUAACAGUGACUAUAAAUACACAGAUAAAAUCAUGACUUACCUGUUUGAUUUCCCACAUGGACCCAAGCCUGGGAGCUCCCAUCGGCCAUGGCAGUCUUACUUUGAUCUGAUUUUAGUGGAUGCACGGAAACCGCUCUUUUUUGGAGAAGGCACAGUACUACGUCAGGUGGAUACUAAAACUGGAAAACUGAAAAUUGGUACCUAUACAGGCCCCCUGCAGCACGGCAUCGUCUACUCAGGAGGUUCCUCUGAUACAAUCUGUGACCUGUUGGGAGCCAAGGGGAAAGACAUUUUGUACAUUGGAGAUCACAUUUUUGGAGACAUUUUGAAGUCAAAGAAACGGCAGGGGUGGAGAACUUUCUUGGUGAUUCCUGAGCUUGCACAAGAGCUCCAUGUCUGGACUGACAAGAGUUCACUUUUUGAAGAACUUCAGAGCUUGGAUAUUUUCUUGGCUGAACUCUACAAGCACCUCGACAGCAGUAGCAAUGAGCGUCCAGACAUUAGUUCCAUCCAGAGACGGAUUAAGAAAGUAACUCAUGACAUGGACAUGUGCUAUGGGAUGAUGGGAAGCCUGUUCCGCAGUGGCUCCCGGCAGACACUCUUUGCCAGUCAGGUGAUGCGGUAUGCUGAUCUCUACGCGGCGUCUUUCAUCAACCUGCUGUACUACCCCUUCAGCUACCUCUUCAGAGCUGCCCAUGUCCUGAUGCCUCAUGAGUCAACAGUGGAGCACACACAUGUGGAUAUCAAUGAGAUGGAAUCUCCUCUCGCCACCCGGAACCGCACGUCCGUGGAUUUCAAAGACACCGACUACAAGCGACACCAGCUUACAAGGUCCAUUAGUGAGAUUAAGCCCCCCAACCUCUUUCCACUGGCUCCCCAGGAGAUUACACACUGCCAUGAUGAAGAUGAUGAUGAAGAGGAGGAGGAAGAGGAAGAAUAAGGAGGCAAACUGAAAGCCUUAGCACCAGUCCACAAGUCUGGCAGGACUCACGCACGGGACAAGGGUGGCCUUGUUUGGAUUCUAUUAGGGAGGGUGGGAGGACCUCAUCAAAGUACAUUUGGAAAGUUUCUGAAGGCUUUAAAUAAUUCUAAUCAUAGCUACUCACUUCAGUUUUGUGUAUCUGUACUCCUGCAGAUUGUGCAGAACUGUAGGAAGAACAGGUCCAAAGUCAGGUGGAGCUGCAUGCAGAUGGCACCCCUGUGGUUGUGAUAGUGUCUUCCUCAUCGGUGUGUCAUCUGCAUACACUAGGGGUAGGAAAGGGUUGCAGAGCCGGGAGCCUGGUGGGAAAAGGUGAGCCUCAGUGCCGCAUUCCUACAAACCCCACUUUUCCAGUGUUAUACAGUGCUGUCCAUCAGUGGAGAGAUACCUUGUGUUCAUUAUCAAGUGUAGUCCUCUGUCAGGUCAAGUUUCCUUCCGUCAGCUUCUGGGUUUCUUCUGUGGCCCUGGCCAGGCUGCUGCUGUGUGGUGCCUUUGUGGGUUUCUGUCUGGAAAGUGGUUCUCGACUAGACUGGAGGGUUGAAUUUGAGACAAGUCCUCCUUGCUACAUUUUUAAAGAUUGGUAGCACAAUGCUUUUUGUUAGGUAAAAACAAUCCUUUUGGGGAAUGUAGGUGAGGACAGAAAGGUUCCCAGAGAACAGCAGCUGCUGCUUUUGGCAGCUCUGCCGCCAUCAGCAUGGGCUGCAGGAGUGCCCUGCUCCCGCCCACACAGAUCGGAAGGGGCGCUAUAGCAAAGGUACAGUCAGAAUCUGUUCCCUGGAGAAUCCUGCGUGCGGGAAAUGACUUCCUGCUCGGAAUACAGCAAGAGCCUGUGAAUAUGAAGGCACAUGACUACCCUGCCAGUGCAGGGAGGUGCCCACACUUGGAAGGGUUUUAUAGAGUCUGCUUUUAACUCUCAGCUCUUUUCUUCCAUCCUUGGCCCUGGUCACUAGGGUACUGGCUGCUCUAGAGCUCAGGGAAGUGUAUGUCUAAUGCUGACAUCUGCCCGUGUGAGGGACAACUGCCACAGCCGUUGUUGGGCCUCAGGUGGCUUUAGGGUUGGCUAAGGGAAAUGACAUUCUCAAAAUUGCUAACUAUAUCUGUAUUACUUUUAGUUAAAGAACAUGUGUUUCAUAGGUAUAAAGAUUUUUUCACCAA